GCACACACAGAAAUCCCACAACAUUCUUGUUUUGCAAAGUAGAAAACCAUCCCCCAUUUCCUCUAUAAUCAAUCAAUCAACCAACAAUGGCCAUCUCCACACUUGCAUACACAUCCAUCGUGGUUGCAGCAGCCAUGAUCACCUAGCACCGAUACGUGCACGCACGUGUUAAUAUAAUCCAUCCAUCUCCAAGCUCUAGCCAGAAGAUCGUUCUUGAUUGAUUUUAAUGCUGUAGCUAGCUAGCAAAUUAAGCGUAAUCUUGAAUUCUUGAUUAUAUCGGUAUAAUGGCUUCUUCCAUGGACAUGUUGUUGCCGCCGUCGUACGGUGUUCUGAACAGGCAGGUGAAUGUUGGGGAGGCUGGGGCGUGGCUGUGGGCGCAGGGGGCGCACAGGCUCUGGGCGGCGAUGCCGGAGCACUUCUGGGUGUACGUCUACAAGGUCCGGAAAUGCCCGCAGCCGGGCAGCCAUGACUGGAUUACCUGCCCUUACGCCCACAAGGGGGAGCGCGCGCGGCGCCGCGACCCGCAAAGGUACAACUACCUGCCCGUCUCCUGCCCCGACCACCCCGGCUCCAACAACGGCGGCGGCGGCGGCGGAUUCAGGGGCUCCUGCCGGCGCGGGCUCAAGUGCAAGUACGCGCACGGGGUGUUCGAGCUCUGGCUGCACCCGGCGCGCUUCCGGACCCGGAUGUGCGAGGCCGGGGCGCGCUGCCCUCGCCGGAUCUGCUUCUUCGCGCACUUCCGCUCCCAGCUCCGUGAAGCCGGUUCCGGCUCCGCUUGCUCCGACUCCGCCGUGUCCUUCUUGCCGCCCAGGAUCCUCCAGCGCAACGCCGCCAUCAUCGGGUCUUCUUCCUCGGCGCCGGCGGCUGUUGCUCGUGACGAUGGUAAUAGGUUUGACCUGCAGGAUGUGGCGACCAGGCUGCAGCUCCUCUCACUGUGCUCUGCUAACAAUGGCGGCGGGAUGGUACGACCGGCGUUCUCUGCGGCGGCGGCGGCGGCUUCGAUGCCGGAGCUGCAGGUGAUGGUGGCGCCGCCGCCGCCGCCGCUCCACGGCGGCGGGGUUGGUGGGAUCUCUGUGUUCUCUGCGGCGGCUCCGACUCCGGAGCUCGGGAUGGUGGUUCCGCGGGCGCCGCUCCAUGGCGGCUGUUCACCGUGGGAGGAAGAUUACUCGGCGUACAUCGGCGGCGGCGACGAUGACCAGUACUACCCGCACGUGGAUCUCAUCAAUGACCUCGUGGACUAG